UAGCCUCGCUCUCGGUUCGCAACUCCUUCAACCUCAGCCUUACCGCCCGAACUAAAUCCGCGCGGCACGUCACAUAUUUCUUUCUUUUGAUGCGCAGAAGUCUUGACAGCCGCAAGCCUACUCUUCUGCGGAACCCAUCACCAUGGUCGCCGAUACCACCUAUUACGAUGUCCUAGGGGUCAGGACAGAUGCCACCGAACUAGAAAUCAAGAAGGCGUAUCGCAAACUAGCCAUCAUCACCCACCCAGACAAAAACCCCGGCGACGACACCGCGCACGAGAGAUUCCAAGCUAUUGGAGAAGCCUACCAGAUCCUGAGCAAUACCGAGUUACGAAAGCAAUACGACAAGUAUGGGAAGGACCAGGCUCAGCCCGCCGAGGGCUUCGCUGACCCGGCCGAGUUUUUCGGGACCAUCUUUGGCGGCGACGCUUUCGUGGACCUGAUCGGGGAGAUCUCGCUCAUGAAGGAUCUGACGAAGACGAUGGAUAUAACCACACAGGAUGUCGAGGGAGAGGAAUACCCUGGGGAGGCAGCCGCAAAGGAGGAAAGCCUGGCUGCUGAGAAGGCGAGACAGGCUGAGGCAGGUGGCCACCCCCCGGCGGCAUCUGUUGCAGACGCUACAGAUUCGCAUGGAGCCUCCACUGCUGCUGCGGGCAGUGCUUCAGCGUCCGGUACUUCGACACCAAGGAGACCAGGCGGCAUACCAAUCAGACAGGCUAUUAUGGACAGGUCAGAAGAGGAUGUGCAGAUGAGUGCUGCUGGGUUGACGGAGGAGGAAAAGGAGCUGCGGAAGAGGGAGAAGAAGAAGGGCGGAUUGACGAAAGCGCAACGUGAGGAGCUUGCUGCAUACGAGAGAGAGCGGGCGCGCGUACGUCAAGAACGAGUCGAAACCCUGGCGAAGAAGUUGAUCGAUAGAAUCAGUGUAUGGACAGAAACUGACAAGGGACCCGACGUCACAAAGGCAUUCCAAGAGAAGACUCGGCUUGAGGUAGAGAACUUAAAGAUGGAGUCAUUUGGUCUGGAUAUUCUUCACGCAAUCGGUCAAACCUAUAUGCAAAAGGCCAGCGGCUUGUUAAAGUCUCAAAAGUUUCUGGGGAUUGGAGGCUUCUUCUCGAGAUUGAAGGACAAGGGAACCAUUGCUAAGGAGACGUGGAACACCAUCUCCAGCGCCAUCGAUGCGCAGAUGACGAUGGAGGAAAUGGCCAAGAUGGAGGAGAAAGGGGGUGAAGACUGGACAGAUGAGAAGAAGAUCGAGUAUGAGCGUCGUGUCACAGGCAAGAUCCUCACAGCCGCAUGGCGCGGCAGCAAAUUCGAGAUCCAAGGUGUGCUACGUGAUGUCUGCGACGAGGUGCUGCACGACAAGAAGAUCCCCAUGUCCAAGAGGCUGGAGCGCGCUCAAGCCCUGAUCAUCUGCGGAGAGAUCUUCUCAAAGGCCCAACGAAAUCCAGAGGAAGAAGGCGAUUACAUGGCAUUCGAACAACUGGUCGCUGAAGCAGCCGCCAAGAAGGAAAAGAAGAAGGACAAGCCCAAGAAGGGCGACAGCAAGCAUAACCACCAUGAUGUCGCGGCCGAUGCUCCUAAUGUACCUCGUGCUUAGCCAGAUAGAUUCUUUGAUGGAUAUAUAUGGGGUUUGGCUUCUACUUCUUCCUCUUCUUCUUUUUCUUCUUCGGCGGGGUUCGCUGGCUGGUCGUGAUCUCGUUGGGUUCUCUUGAGCGUUUUGCAUACGACACUUGUUUCGUUCCCCCUCCCUACUCCGAUCCUACUACUCAUGUCUCAAACGAGCAUAUCAUAGGAAUAUGAAAAUAGGAACAGGGAUAGAUCCGAGUUUUUCCCACUUGUAUGUAGUCUCUUCAUUCAUGUAGUGAGGAGAAAGAGAGAGAGAGAGAGACGAGGUAAUUAAGAAAAGAAAAAUGAAAUGGCACGGUUCAC